AACCGCCCCGGGAGAGUGUGCGCCCAACCCCUAUUGUCAAUUCCGAGUUGAUGAUCUACCUAAAACCACAGCACCGAAAGUGCUUGACUCAUAAAUAUCCUAUUAAAUUACUAUAGGGACUAUGUGAUCAUAAUCCCUCAAAGUUAUAGAAUAGGACUAAAUGGCAGCCGUCUUGGUCAGGGAGAAUUAUCAUUAUAAUUAUCAUUCCUAAUUAUAUGCUUUGACUAAAGCAGUGACGACUCGGAUACCACGGUUUCUACCUCCCGCACCGCGGACACACAGUGAGUUUGACUGUCUCGCUGUCAGCGCAGCGGUGAAUGUCGGUUUGUUUGGCCACCAGCGAACAGUUGCGUUUCGGCUCUACGUGUACAUGCAAGGUGUGACAAAUGCAAUCAAGCGUAAACUACUCCUGGAACAAUUAAACCGCCCACCCUUGGAUUUGAAAGGAAUUCUAUAGACUUCGAGUGAUUGGCUUUGGUUUUUGGCUUGUUUCUGUUGUUCCAUCUUGUAGAGACUGAAAAAUAACUGCCAACAUGUCUAGGGAUCAUGACAAUGUGAAUAAGCUGACCGAAAGUACAUACAAGAAUGUGAUGGAGCAGUUGAAUCCAGGACUGAGGAACCUUGUCAAUCUGGGGAAGAACUAUGAGAAAUCUGUAGCCGUGAUGACUCUUGCUGGGAAGGCGUACUUUGAUGCUGUGUCAAAGAUAGGAGAGACUGCUUCUGUGUCCCCUGUCUCCAGAGAAUUAGGUGUGGUUCUGAUGGAAAUCUCUGAGGUGCACAAGAAGGUUCACCUGGAGCUGGAGGAGAAUUUCAAGCAGUUCCACAAAGAAAUCAUUUCUGAGCUGGAGAGGAAAACAGAGAUGGAUGUCAAAUAUAUGACUGCAACAUUCAAGCGGUACCAGUCAGAGCACAAAAUGAAGCAGGACUCUCUGGAGCGCUCUCAGACGGACCUGAAGAAGCUGCGGAAAAAGAGCCAGGGAAAACAAGCCACCAAGUACGAGAAGAAGGAGAACGAGUAUAUAGAGACCAUCUCGUCUCGGCAGAGUGACAUGCAGAAGUUCAUCGCUGACGGCUGCAGAGAGGCCCUCCUGGAGGAGAAGAGACGAUUCUGCUUCCUGGUCGACAAACACUGCACGUUCUCUUACCAUGUCAACACCUUCCACGAGAAGGCCAAAGAGCUGCUGGCAGUGAAGCUGCCCAGCUGGCAGGAUAAAUGCAAAGAUGCCACCAAGGUCCCCGACACAGUAUUGACCAUGCUAGAGGGGCUCCGCACCCCCAUGUCUGGGACCCCAGAAGCCUCGCCUCUCGUCGAACGCUACAACAGGAACAACAGGGAUUUGAUGGUUCCCCCACCAGCCCCCCAGCUGAAAGCCCAGAUCAGUCCACUGGCUAAUAUGUUCAACCAGGACGUCCCCCACGCCUCCUUCACAUCCACAUCUACAUCAGACCACAACUCAGGCCAGAGCAGUAUGGAGAACAGUGGAAGCCUGUCUCUAUCCCGGUCAGUGUCGAUAGGUUCUGGGCUGAACGUGGGCAGGAAGCCACGGGUCAGGACCAUCUUCCCCCAUACGGCCGGCAACAGCGACACACUCCUGUCCUUUGAUGAUGGUGACAUCAUCAUACUGCUCAUCAAGGAGGAGAAGGACGGAUGGCUAUACGGAGAGCUGGAGAAGACCCGGCAGCGGGGCUGGUUUCCCUCAUCUUACUGCCGACCUUACAAUGAACCACUGAUCUCAAACAGUUUGGGGACACCGGUGCGUCGUCUGAGUGUGGCCAGUCUUCCGGAACAGGAAGAGGAGGAGCCUGUUUUGCUGCCGCCGCCAGACUACAGCGACAGGACAGGGAACAGCCCUGUCAGCCUGGUCAGCGCCUCCACACCCUCACCCAAAAACACGAUCUCUCUACCCAAUGAGGUUGGAAAGGUUCCCUUUCUGGGAGGUGGGAAUCCCUUUGCCACUGUCAAACUGAGACCUACAGUGACCAACGACAGAUCAGCACCCAACGUCUAAUAACCAGAGCUCAUUCAGACAGAGGAAUGAUAAAGCACCACCAACACUCCAGAAUUACAGUCCAACAAUAUGUCAACAAAGCAUGGAUUCUACUCCGCUUCAGCAAACCAGCUCCGUUGUAGCCAGCACCGUUGUUACUAGCUCCGUUGUAGCCAGCACCGUUGUAGCCAGCUCCGUUGUAGCCAGCUCCAUUGUAGCCAGCUCCAUUGUAAAACAGAGUAGUGAAGUGACAAUGAUUAUGGGCAGUGCUGAAACAUAAUCAAAUCCAGGCUACCUUCCUCACUCUUUUGCGUUCAGAUUGUUUUUUAAAUAAAUAUAUAUACAGUCGCUAGUGAAAGUCUACACACCCUUUGCAGAGUCUUCAAAGUUUGUUGCCUUAAAAUGUAAUCUACAGAGGGAAUAAAUGUUUUUUUUUUCUACUGACCUACACUGACCAACACAACCUACUUCACAUUUUCAGACUGAAAGAUAAAUUAUACAACACCCCAGAGUUAAUACUGGGUGGAAGCACCUUUGGCAGCCAUUACAGCUGGGAAUCAUUUGUUGUACUAUUAGGGCAAUCAUUGCUUUGGCAAAAUUGCUCAAGCUCAUUACAUUUGGUUGGGAAUCAUUGAUGGACACCAAUAUUCAAACCGUGUCUCUGAUUUUCAAGCAAAGUUAGUCAGGACUGAGAGUGGACUACUGAGGAACACUCAACACCUCUUGGAAAACAUUUUGGAGUCUUCGGCAUUAACAUUUGUGUAAUUGUUCCGCAAAAACAUCUAUCCCAGGGUUAGGUUUUCAGAAGACUGAGGCAGGGUUUUCUCUAACUUCUUACCUGGACUUUGUUCCUUUCAUAUUUAUUUUUGAUUAUGACAAACUCCCCAGUCCCUGCCGUUGACAAGCAUACCUAUAACAUGAGUUAUUAUAUGAUAAUUUACUGCUCUUGAGCAAUUUUGACAAAAACGAUGGAUAUAUAUUUCCCUAAGAGUUGUCGAGAGUUGGAAUUUUAUUCCAAAUUAUUCACAGCUGUAAUGGCUGCCAACAGUGUUUCCACCAGGUAUUAACUCUGGGGUGUGAAGUCAUACACAAUCAAGACUUCUUUUUUUUUUCUUCUUUUUCAUUUUGAACAUUUUCUAUAAUUUAUUUCACUGAAAAUGUGGAUUAGGUUGUGUACAUCGGUAGGAAGGCAAAAUGAUUAUUAGUUUAUUUUUGUAAUAUUUGGGGUGUGUUGACCUUCACUAGGCACUGUAUUCUAUCUGUAGACCUUCUCUAGGCACUGUAUUCUGUCUGUAGACCUUCUCUAGGCACUGUAUUCUGUCUGUAGACCUUCUCUAGGCACUGUAUUCUGUCUGUAGACCUUCUCUAGGCACUGUAUUCUAUCUGUAGACCUUCUCUAGGCACUGUAUUCUAUCUGUAGACCUUCUCUAGGCACUGUAUUCUGUCUGUAGACCUUCUCUAGGCACUGUAUUCUGUCUGUAGACCUUCUCUAGGCACUGUAUUCUGUCUGUAGACCUUCUCUAGGCACUGUAUUCUAUCUGUAGACCUUCUCUAGGCACUGUAUUCUAUCUGUAGACCUUCUCUAGGCACUGUAUUCUGUCUGUAGACCUUCUCUAGGCACUGUAUUCUGUCUGUAGACCUUCUCUAGGCACUGUAUUCUGUCUGUAGACCUUCUCUAGGCACUGUAUUCUGUCUGUAGACCUUCUCUAGGCACUGUAUUCUGUCUGUAGACCUUCUCUAGGCACUGUAUUCUGUCUGUAGACCUUCUCUAGGCACUGUAUUCUGUCUGUAGACCUUCUCUAGGCACUGUAUUCUAUCUGUAGACCUUCUCUAGGCACUGUAUUCUGUCUGUAGACCUUCUCUAGGCACUGUAUUCUGUCUGUAGACCUUCUCUAGGCACUGUAUUCUGUCUGUAGACCUUCUCUAGGCACUGUAUUCUGUCUGUAGACCUUCUCUAGGCACUGUAUUCUGUCUGUAGACCUUCUCUAGGCACUGUAUUCUGUCUGUAGACCUUCUCUAGGCACUGUAUUCUAUCUGUAGACCUUCUCUAGGCACUGUAUUCUAUCUGUAGACCUUCUCUAGGCACUGUAUUCUGUCUGUAGACCUUCUCUAGGCACUGUAUUCUGUCUGUAGACCUUCUCUAGGCACUGUAUUCUGUCUGUAGACCUUCUCUAGGCACUGUAUUCUGUCUGUAGACCUUCUCUAGGCACUGUAUUCUGUCUGUAGACCUUCUCUAGGCACUGUAUUCUGUCUGUAGACCUUCUCUAGGCACUGUAUUCUAUCUGUAGACCUUCUCUAGGCACUGUAUUCUAUCUGUAGACCUUCUCUAGGCACUGUAUUCUGUCUGUAGACCUUCUCUAGGCACUGUAUUCUGUCUGUAGACCUUCUCUAGGCACUGUAUUCUGUCUGUAGACCUUCUCUAGGCACUGUAUUCUGUCUGUAGACCUUCUCUAGGCACUGUAUUCUGUCUGUAGACCUUCUCUAGGCACUGUAUUCUGUCUGUAGACCUUCUCUAGGCACUGCAUUCUGUCUGUAGUAGUUGUAGGAAUGAGGCACGGGGACACUAGUUGGGGAAAGAAGUGCUACAUUUUUUGCCAUAUUUAUUUUUUCAUUAUGACGUAACCAUUUUUCAAUGGGGAGGCUACUAUUUAUCCGUACAUUUUAAACAAAUUAGAGAAGUAUCAUUUUUUAAAACUCAUUUCAUCAUAAAGAAGUCUACUCAGCCCCCACUAAGUGUAUUGAGUGUAAACAAUGAGAGUUUAUGGAAGAAUGAAUAUAGCUCAUGUAAGUUAUGUUUAAAAUGAAAAUAAGUGAUUUUUGAUUAGCCAUAGACUAAAUGAAUGUAUGCUGAAAGGGGAAUGGAUUGACAUAUGGACUCUGCUAUGCUAUUUCUUCAUAGUUUUAAAAGUAUUUUUUUUUUCAUACUUGUUUAAAGGUUCAUGAUGUUUAUUGUUUAAAGGUUCAUGAUGUUUAUAAAGUUGUAUGGAGACCAUUUAUCUUAGUUUUUUUCAUGGUAAGCUGAAGACUGUGUUUUACAAAUACACAAUUGUUGUAAAUCACAAUAACAUUGUUAUUGGUAGAAAUACCGUAUGAACCAUGCAGUAUGCAGUAUAUCGAAAGAGUAUAUAGGUUUUUCUCUUCCUUCAGUGUAGAGGAAUUCAUGAUACACACUGCUGUCCAUGAUAAUUGAUGAUUCCCAAAUAAGUUUAUGGUUCCUCUUCUAUCUCUGUUCAGAUACUGAUUCUGUCAUUCACUAAAGGUGACAAGGAAAAUGCUUUACCAUGGUGUUCUGUAGACUAAAGUUAUGUUAUCUCACAGUAAAACAGGAUAAACCUUAACAUGGUCUUUAUUUUUUUUUAAAAAUUUAAAAAUUAAUGUACUGUCUUUGCAUUUUACUGCCAUAACCUACUGCAUAUCUGUAUGAAGACUGUAUAACUGACAAUGUGUAUGUCCCUUAAUACAUGAGAUGAAAUUGACAAUUUGGUUGUCUUUUAAUUGAAUGAGUCGUUUUUAUUUUAUAUUGAACGAAUGAGUAGGCUACCAUUAUUUCCUGCCCCAUUGUAAAUAGCUUUAAGUUAUGUUAAUGUGAUUGCCAUAAACACUCACAUUAAUGUCUAAAUAAAGAUGUCUAUGUUUACCACUA